CCCUUCGUUCCCCAGUUUUUACCCUCUAUACACAUUUCUCUACGUUCAUAAAAAAAACCAGAUCCCCAAAUUUUAAAAAUUAGGGCUAAGGUUUCGUCGAACCCUCAAAUCCACACUCAAUCAAAUGGCACUAAGGAAGUUCUACAGCGAAAUUAAGGGCUUGAAAGUGAAGGAAUUUCCCAACCAUGUGAAGCCCAUGCUGUCACUUGAUUACGUGAAGAAAUCAGUGCAAAGAGGGAUGGAUAAUUACCAUGCUAAGUAUAUUGUAACAAGCUCAGUUGAUCCAGUUUAUCAUGUUUGCUUUGGUGGCAUGGUUUUAUCGUACUUUCUUGCUCUUCCUGAGGAACGCCGUCAUCUUGAACACCAGCAACAUUCUAAGGAGCAUGGUGGGCAUUAGAGAGGAACGGUUUUGUUUUUAUCGGUCUUUUGAUUAAAGGAUUUGGUGAACCUUCUGGGAGUUGCUAUGCUGACUAUUCAUUUGCUUGGUGUUUUUUGGUAUUUCUGGGUAUUGUAGGCAGGAAGAUACUGUCUUGCCAAUGGUUGGCAGCCUGAAAUGAUGAAAUAAAUUACACUUGACUAGUUGAACUUAUUACUUUUGUGAUCUAUUGUUAAAUGGAUGGAUGGUUAUAAGAGAAACAACUGUGUUUUUGUUCC